GUUUGUGUGUGUGUGUGUGUGUGUGUGGCGCAGAGUUGUGUAUGCGCCUGUUUUGGCUGUAGUGUGGUUCAGUGCAGGGAGUGUGUGGUGGAAAAUGGCGACAGGAGGUGUGUGUGUGUGUGUGUGUGUGUAUGUAUAUGGGGGGUAUAAGCCAGAUUUUUGGGGUCUGGGUUUGUUUUUGUAUGCGCACACACUACACACACACACACACACACACACACACACACACAACUAACCCAGUGCCUGUCUCAUUAUUGCUCCAUGUGAGAAGUGUAUAUUAUAAAUGAUAUAUUUACAUGUGUGUAUAUAAUAAUGUAUAUCUCAUUAAUGAUGUAAAACCUUCUCAAACUGAUCAUUCUUGCAGUAAUGACUCCAUUUCUCCUGCUUUGAUGGUUGGCCAUGAUGAGAAUUUAAAAUACAGCAACAAUAAUAGUAAUAAUGCAUUAAUAUGAAUCAUGGGAUAUCAUUUCGCUCUCACGUGCACCUGGCCAGGAGUUGCGUGCUCACACGUUCUCGCACCUAUUCUUUAUAGAUCCUUUUAAAAUCCUGCGUUAAAAGUGUGAGCUCUGGGACGAGUCUUGGAGUCUCGGCCUCACAAUUAAACCCGUGUUUGUUUCACCUCCCUAAUAUGCAAAGCGUUAAAUGAAGGGUAGGCCAUGAGAUGGUGUGUGCGAGUACUGGGAAUACAGCCAGUCCGCACACACACACUCACACACGCACGCUCACACACGCACGCUCAUCACGCUGUUUUUAAUACGUGACCCUACGUUAAUAGGAAGUCGCUCACCUGCGUUACUGUGCGUUUGAGAUUUUUACACCAAGUAAGGAAUUAAACACAGCACGGCCUGCUGCGAUAGGAAAAUAAUCAACGGCAGGGUGGCGCGAUCUAACUCGUACACCGUAACGCCGUCUGCGACGUCGUCGGGUUUUAUUCCUUUUACACCGCACCAAUUCGCCAACCGUUACAACUUUUUAAAAAAAAAAAAACAAACAUACACAACAUGUCGUGGUUUUUAUCCGUUUAUAGUUGCAUGGCCCGUGAAGCGAGUUAGUUCCCGUUCACACUUGCGUCAUAGCAGCUAUAAACUCGCGUUCCGUCACCGGUUACAGCUUUAACGCCGACACUGGAGACUCCUUCCGUUAAUUGUUAAACCUCUGCUUGGAGAGCGCUUCACCGUAUCGACGACUACACACGUUUUCGUACCUGCGGACGAGCCGUUGCCAUAGAAAUGAUGAGCGGGUAUGAGAACGAACCGCUGUUCGGGGAAAACGAAUCAACACCUUCUGACCAAUCAGAUUUGAGAGUUCAGCAUCACUUUAAUUAAUUAAUUAAUUAAUCAAUCAAUCAGUCGUUUAAAGAGACAGUCUCUGUGUAUGCGACAUAAAACCGGUCGACUUUGCUCUUAUUCGCACGUUAUUCCUGUAAAGAUUUAACGUGUUGAAAGUCACAACGUCGAAUCCUUCUGGUGGAGAGAUGACGUCUGGGCCUCGAUUAUUCACCACACGUUGAUGUCACAUCGUUCCAACCACAGAUGAAUCCGGACGUGUUUCGGGCUGCCGUGUUGCGCAACAGCGUGCGUGAUAUAAAAGUCACGCUAAUGUUGGGAAUCUGAUUACAGGACGAGUUCUGCGUAGACAGGAUAUGAUGCUUUUUUUUUUAUUUUCUUUUCUUUAGUUCUUCACUGGUCUUUGUUUUUGUUGGACUCGUUGUUCUUUCCACAGUUCAGGGUAGGCGAGUGCAAAUCUACAAACAAUCCCCAAACGAGAAUCUUCCUACCGAUCUAACGAGCGAGCGAGGAGGGCUCGGCGGCGCUAAAAUCAGGACGGGCCCCUGUGCUGAGUCUCUGGCGUUGCACUGCUUCGCUGGGUAAGAGACUGUGAUGUCAGCCAUUUUAGGUCGGACAGCACAGCGCAUGGUGUGCCGCCAUUUUUUUUUUUUUUCCCCUCCUCUCAUCCUCCUUUCUUUCCAAAACUGAGGUUUAACACCGUAGGCGCUGGGAAGAGCAGAUUCUCAGCCAAGGCAGCGGCUUGAGAAUGAUGGUCCGAUGUUAAUCAGGACCUUUGAACCGGCCCGAACGACAUCACUGACACUCUUCUGGGAGCUUUUUACGCCACUGCGCUCGCUCAUUGAAAAGCAAAUGAAGCCAUCAAUGAAAGGCUUCUGGCGCACACUGAAACAGGGCCAUGUUGUUCUUGUUGCUGCUUCUGUUUCCUCCAAAAGAGGCGAUAGAUAUAACUGAAGGGAAUCUGUAGUUUUUACCCAGGUGUGCUCAGAAAGAUGAAAUCAUGGAAUGAAGCAACACGGUCUCGCUCAAGCACGCGAACCCGGUUCGGGCCGGUGCGCGAAAACCGUGAGGCGCUUAAACGGGGCGACGAUGAGUUCGCAGGCGAGCACGAGCACGAGCACAGCCACACCUCAGAGACAUGGACACCACGCUGAAAUAGGAGCGGGGACUGGACUCUCCGCUCACAGGAGCGUGAGGAAAAAACAAGCCAGCGAGAGCCAGGAACGUAAUGGGGUGUGUGUGUGUGAGAGAGAGAGAGAGAGAGAGAGAGAGAGAGAAAGACGAAGAGAAACGGGAGAGGGAGAGUAUGGGGGGUUGAGGGUGGCCCGUUGCCAUAGGGACAGUAACACACCAGUGGCGUAGUCGACCUGUCUCCCUGCAGACUGGGCCGAACUUGUUGAGGAAAGAGCGAAGGUUGGGGGAAGGGAACGAGUCAGGCUUCUUUUUUUUUUUUUUUCUUUGAGGGGGGUGCGUCUUUACAAACUCGGUGGAACGGACCCAUGAACACACACACACACACACACACACACACACACACACACACACACACUGUUGGACAACCUCAAACCUGUCUAUCCAUCUGUCCAUCUGGAGAUCCCUGAUGAACACUUUCUAAAAUAGAUCAGCGGGGUUACGGAGGGGACAGAGUCACGUGGCUCGAGUCAGCGAGGCGCUUCGGAGACGUGACGGGGCCUAUACGGGGACACGAAACAAAAUUCUCACGUCGUGGUUUUCCUCGCCAUUUCAACAGAACGUAGCGCAGAAAUGGCGAACGCUGAGGUUUCACUCAGGUGGCCCGUCUACUGGGGGGAGGCGGGAUACGACACGAUAUGAAGUUAUGAGACGUGAUAUGAGCGGUCUCGGUGUGGUGAAAAAAAUGGCGAAAUUGACGAGUAACCAUGGGAGCGAACUACGAGGCGGGGCCGGUUUUGUUUUGACGUCGGUUUGCGCUCGAACACAAGCGAUCGUGAUUUCGCGACAGACCCGCACGUCGCGGAGGAACCGCGUUGUCGGUUUCACGCCGCGUUUAAAGCGAGACGGCGGGUUUCUGAGCCGAUAAACAUCUGGAAUUUCCACAACCGGCGUUCGAUGUUUCGUCCGCCGUUCACCGGCGAGCGUCUACGGUUGAUCCGUUAAACAAGCAGCGUGGUUCUCAGGUUGGCUGCUGGCCGAACGGACCGAGGCGGAACAUUCCAGAGGCUUCGCUCUGUGCCAGAGAAGAGGAGGAGGAGGAGGAGGAGAAAGCGGGGAGAAGAAGGAGGGAGGGAGUGACAGAGACAGAAAAGAGAGAGAGAGCGAGAGAGAGAGAGAGAGAGAGAGAGAGAGAAUGACCGUGAGAUUGUUUGACUGGGGGUGGGUGUGGUGGGGGUUUUUGAUGGGAGGGGAGGAGGGGUAUCAGGGCUGAAAAUUCCUUACAGAAACACCUCAGCGCUUCCUCUGCCCGGUGACAGUUAACAACCCCCGCCAACACACACACACACACACAUGCAUACACACGCACACGCACACACACCGGUUCACCCCAGCCUGAGCCGAUCCGCCCAACCCCCUACUUCUCCUCACUCCCUCGUUCCUCCUCCCUCAGGGCUCAACCCACGUGAUCGACGGUAGGCUCUGCCCACUUCGCAACCCCCUUUUGUGUCGGUCAUGUGACCCUGCAGGCUCGGCGAGGCCGUGCCCCGUCAUGCAGAACUGAGUGGCAGCGAGGCCCAAACCAGAGGGCAUUUCCAUCUCCCGGGUUCUGGAGAGGAAAGGAAGAGAGGUGGAGAAAGAAUAAAGCUGGUCUGGUUCCAUCGCAGCGGAUCCUGGCUUCCCUCGUCGGCUUCUUAAGCCGCCGGGAUUGCAACCCGACCGAAAGAGGAUCAAAGCACUUUGCCAGUUUUGUGAUGCCUUAAACACAAUCCCGACGUGCCCAUAAAAGAGGAGGAGUACUCGUCGUGGGCUGACGGUCAUGUUCCAGACCAGCGUCCUCUCCAUGGACAGAUUAUAAACGUGGACUCUUGGUCAUAUAGAGGUAUUUUGGUGGAACUAUCAUAUCAAGAGCCAUGGCGAGCAAGAGGAAGUCCACGAUUCCCUGCAUGAUUCCUGUGAAAACCAUGCAUCUACAGGAUGAUCUUGAGCAGGGUAGACUCUCUCCUGCGGUCAAGGAAAGCAGUUUCUCCCACAAGGUAGAGGCAAGUGAAAAGGCCUUCCAUAGUUUGUGUGAAUCAUCAGGGCAGGACGCAAGUAAUGCCCAAAAAGAUAACGGCACUUACACCUGCAGGCCGUGUAAUUUCGAAACCCAUGACCUGAACCUCUUCCUCGAUCACGUCUACAGCGGGCAUCCAGAGUUCCGCGCCGACCCGAGCUUUUUCUGCGUGGACUGCGGAGUGAGUGCGGCAAAAUUUGAAGGUCUUGCCUUGCACAAUGCCCGCGUGCACCCCAGUACUGUCACCACUACGCUACAGCUAAAGAGGAAGGAUCGGAAGGUCACCGUGGAGCAGAUGAUCAUCGCCGCUCCUGGUGAAAUAACUAUCUUCAAGGAAUCGGAGAUCUCCAUCACAAAGACGCCCAUUAUGAAAAUGCUCAAGGGGAAAUCGGAGCCCAAGAGGAUCGUGGUUUCUCACCCUGCCACAGAUGAAUCCACAACCGUGAAGCAAGCCGAGAUGGCCGAUUCUCCAGCGGUUACGGUCACUCACGUUCCUACAAUCGUACACAAUGACGCAGCAAGCAAAGUCACCUUGCCGUCAGCGAUACAGAUAGUCAAUGGUUCCGGAGCCCUUCCAAUGCUUAAGACGGCCAUCACGCAAGUCGUGUCCGUCGUCCAGAACAGAAGCGUCCACCAGCAGUCGUCUUCGGCUUCUUUAUCCACUUCAUCCUCUUCGAAUUCUUCCUCGUCAAGCUCCAAAAACCUACCAAAGGUGAUGAUUCCUCUGAGCAGCAUUCCCACCUACAAUGCAUCCAUGGAUACCAGCAGCUUCCUGAAAACGUCCUUCAGCAAGUUUCCGUACCCGACCAAGGCAGAGCUGUGCUAUCUCACCGUAGUUACCAAGUACCCAGAGGAGCAGAUCAAAAUCUGGUUUACAGCACAGAGGCUUAAGCAAGGGAUUAGCUGGUCACCAGAGGAGAUCGAGGACGCCCGCCGGAAGAUGUUUAACACAAUCAUACAGACAGCACCCCCUGCUGGUCAGCAGCGGCAGACUCAGCAUAGCACCUCUCAGCAAACCAUUACAGUCCUACCGGCCUCACUGGGUACAUCCAGCAUCCCUCACAUUCUACAAGGCAGCCUGGUUGGCCAAGGAGGCGUGAUAGUCACACAGCCCAUGCUUUCUAAUGGGAUACAGGUCAGCAGUGCCCCCGUUGCCCUGGCUGUAACACCCAAGCCCCAAGCUGCCACCAAGCCCAUGAUGCAGGCUAAGCCUGCUGCUGCCCUGGUGGCUGAUAAGGGGCUAAACAUGGUGGUGGGCAGUGUUGGAAGCAGCAAUAGUGGAAUCAAUGCCAUCAGUAGCAGCAGCACAAGCAGUAUUAUUAGUAGUGUUAGCACAAACAGCUGUAGCAUGAGUAAUCACACCAGCGUGAUUAGCCUGGGUGUCAGCAGCAAUGGUAAAAUGAAAAGCAACAGUAAGCUCAGCACAUCUAGCACUAAUGGCAGAAGCAGUACACCUAGCAACAAUAACGGAAAAACGGUUAACGAGAACAAAAACAGCACUAAUGUUAAGAGUACCGUAGCAAAAAGUAGCGCCGAUAUUAGCACUGAUACUAAAGGAAACACUAACGAGAGCAAAAGCAGCCGAAGCAAUAGUCCCAACGUUACAGCCAGCUCCAGUCCGACUCCCACGACCACCAGUGACGGCACCCCGAGUAAGUCAGAAUCACCAGCAUCUGCUAACUCGCGCACUCUCCCCUCCGCUAGCUUCCUGGAUCCCAGCUUUUAUAAAGCCAAAAAGUCCCAGGAACAGCUAUCUGCCUUAAAGGAGAGCUUCCUCAUUAGCCAGUUUCCCAGUCAAGAGGAGGUGGACAGGCUCAUAAGUCUGACUGGUCUGACGGUCCGUGAGGUACGGAAGUGGUUCAGCGAUCGUCGCUACCACUUUCGCAAUCACAAGGGCUCAAAAUCGAGCACUGGUGGUCAGACAUCAACAGCCACUAGUUCUUCUGCCUACAGUGCCUCUGCAGACAGUGCAGACAAUGCUGCAUCAUUGGAAAGGCCUAGAACCCCUCAACAGGUACCUCUGAGUCCUUCAAGGCAACAGCAAACGACGCCGCCGACGCCUACCCGACGUCAACCUCGGCCCCCGUCCCCAGACUUCACAGCAAUACGGUACAAAGAAAGGGAGCCCCACCAGGUCCGUGCCCUCGAGGCAAGCUUUGCCCAGGAUUCCGAUCCGUCCGAGGAAGAGGUGGACAGGUUAAGGGCAGAAACCAAGAUGACUCGACGCGAGAUCCACGGCUGGUUUUCCGAGCGGCGGAGGAGAGUGGCGGCUGAAAAGAAGAAGGAGGAGUUAGAACGUGCAGAGAGGGAGGAAGAAGAAGAGGAGGCUCAGGAAGAAGUGGAGGGUGAAAAGGAUAAAACCGAGACCGCAGAAGAAAAACAAGACGACGAGGAAUCGUCGGAAACGAACCAGCAGACCAAGGAGGAUACGUCUGGGACGGCACCAAAGGUCAACCCGAUAAAGAUCAAUCUCAAAAUGCUGAAAGUCACCGAAGCCAACGGAAAAGGUGAAACGGAAGGAAGUCCGCAACCAGAGACGGCUAAAGUGCCUUCUCCUGUCUCUCAGACGUCCACACCACCACUGUCCCAAACACCAAAUCGAGGAAAGAAGACACCAGAGCAGCUCCAUCUACUUAAACAAGCCUUCGCUCGCACCCACUGGCCCAGCAGCCCUCAGUACAACGAGUUAAUCACCAAAACUGGACUGCCACGCCCAGAGGUGGUGCGCUGGUUCGGGGACUGUCGCUACGUCCUAAAGAACGGCCAGCUCAAGUGGCUCGAGAACUAUCAGUCGAUUGUAGAAGACGAGGAUUUCCAGAAAGGCGACAUCGCUGUCCUUCAGGAACAUUUGAAUGUCUAUGGAAAUCUGGUGGAGGACCUGGUGGAGGAGCUAGUCAAGUCCAGUGGGUUGAGUGAGGAACUGGUCAGGAAAUGGUUCGCAAAACAAACAAAAGCACACGAACUGUCCGAGGACAGGAAGUCUGAGGACGUGGAACCUUCCUCCUGCACGACCAAAGGCAAAGCUGCCUUAAAAUCGCUUCAACAGGACGAAGAAGACGUGAAAGGGGAACCGAUGGAGCUGACAGUGACGGACCUUAGUAUAGAUCAGACCACCAAGAAGACAACUGGAGAAGACAUAUCUACCAGCGACGAGCCAGAGUGUGACGAGUGAAGCGGCAGCGUGCGGGACCACGAGCGAGCGAGAGAGAGACACAUGUCUCGCUGUAGGAUGUCCACCACAGGAGGCCUUUUACUGGAGAUUUGUGAAGAAUCCAGCACUCGACAUCCUUCUGUUUUUUGUUUUGUUUUAAACACCCCCCCCCCCCACCCAAAAAAAAAAAAAAGUGUCACUGGACAAAUUCUUUUUUUUUUUUUUU